AUGUCAGAAGGAGGACUUUUAGCCUGGAAAAGGCAAGAAAUUGAUGUUCGUCGUGGACCUGCAGGAGAGUAUGUCAAUGUGCACAAACCAUUACCUAAUCCUCCCAGAGGAAUGCACUGGGUGUUGAAUGAAAAGACCAAGGAAUGGAGUCUGGAAAAGAAACCAGAAGUGGUUGUGGCAGAAGUCGUUGACGAAGAUAGCAAAGAGCAACCUCCUGCAUUCAUUGAACAUGAGGUCACGAAAACAGACACCUUUGCUGGCAUCUGUUUGCGUUACAAAAUCACCCCCACAGAACUUCGACAAGCGAACGGGGGCUUCAGCGGCACAAAUCUAUUCCUUGCUCCGCAACCACUGAGGAUUCCAAAUACCAAAGGACAGUGUCAAAUGGCAAAGGCUGUUCCAGUUGGAACGCAAACACGAUCCCAGAAGAUGAAUCGUCUAAUGUCCGGAUGUCGUGGUAUUUCUUCUUCCGAAGCCAAAUGUUAUCUAGAACUAAAUGACUGGAAUCUUGAAGAGGCGAUUGUUAAUGCAAAGGAGGAUGGAUUCUGA